AUGGUGGAGAAGAGCGAGAGGAAAGCGCUCACGAAGGGCCCUGGUACGAAUCCGCCGAAGCUGAUAAAUUCCAUCCUCCUGUUCUUCACGCUGAAAGACAAGGUGCUCCUGGAAUUCGACAUCGAACAGCAGCCGCUCCUCCUGUACGUGAUCACCCUCGUGGUCCGCUUCCUCGCUGGUGUAGUGACUGACCUGGGCCUCCUCAUCGGCGUGUACUUCAGCAUGAAGGCUCUCAUAAUCGUGAACGUUGUCUGGAAAGGUACCGGUGCCAUCUUCGACAUCGUGCACGGCGCAACAUUCUUCCCUCUCGUCUACCAACAACUCCGCCAGCUGAUAGAUCACAUCUUCAGCAAUGAAGGCCUCGCAAGUGUUGGGUACGAAGAAACGCUAAACUGUACGCUGUACCUCUCUCUUGCCCUACUGAUGGGCUACGGAACGUACAGGAUCAACCUUUACUACAGGGGACUUUACAUGGAGGAUGCCAGGAUGACAACGAUUCUGACAACAGACACAAAAUAAUUUAAAUAAACAUUUAUUUUCAUGUUCUGG